AUGUCUUCCAAAGGGUACGCCGUUCUCCAGGGCCUUUCUCAAAAGGUGGCCUCCCGUACAAUCCAGGUCACCGUGUCCCCGAGGCCAGCAAGUUUCGCGGAGCGACGCGCCGUGCUGCACUCGCUGCAAAAGUUCGCCAAAGUCGACGUGUUUAGAAAGCUCGAUGACCAUAACUCAUCCUUUAUAUCUGUCCUUGCAGACAAGUCCAAAGCCAAGGAGCUUGUCAACAUGAGCCCGCUGCAUUAUCAACUCGCGAUGCCUCGACCCAACGGAUCCGUAAAGACGUUUUUGACGACCGCGACCUCGACCGAUCCAAUUAUCAAUUCAAAAGAGCCACAGAAGGCUGAAGAUUCAAAAGAAGCGCCGUCUGAGGAUGAUCAUAAAGACUUCACGGUGCACAUCUUCCCCGCCGAUACGUACAUACACUCCGCUGCGAUCAAGUCAUCACCUCUUCACGGGCCUUGGCCCGAGACACGCCGAGAAACAGCUAUUUCGGCUAUAUUGAAGGAGUCCCUGCCUCAAGAUAUCAUGACGGACGGGUUAUCAGACUGGGAGACCGGGGGCCAGGUUCCAGUCUCUGCCAGAGGCCAGCUUUGGGAAGAUAUUCUCCUAGGAACCAAGUCAGUUGACGCGAGCACGCGCGCUGUUAUCGACCGUAUACAGCGCCGUGAACAACGGGAGAAGUUGCCUGCUAUCAUGGAUGGACUUUUGCAUCUCCAAGAGCAGCAACGACACCAGUGA